AUGAUGUUGCGCCUCCUCGUCGCGGUCCUGUGUCUGGUGUCUUGUGGCCUGGCCGCUCCCCGGCCGGUCAGGGUCAGGGCCAGAGGGGACGGCCGGAUAAUCGGCGGCACCGGCACUGACAUAACUAGCUACCCGUGGAUGGUCUCCAUGCAGAUCAACGGCCACCACUCCUGCGGGGGCUCCGCCAUCAGCAGCUACUGGGUGCUGACUGCCGGCCACUGCCUCUACGGUGCCAACAUCGGAACGUACAGCCUGAGGGCCGGCACCACGACCCGCGAGAGCGGCGGCGUCAUGACCGCCGUGUCGUACGGCGUACUGCACGGCAACUACGACCCCAACACGAUUGACUACGACAUCUCGGUACUGCAGGCAGCCACUCCUUUCCCCGUCGGUGGAUUCAUACAGAACGUGGGUCUCCCUGCCGAAGGCUACGACCCACCAGGCGGGCUCGCAGUCACCAUCACUGGCUGGGGCGCCACAGCCUCCACGGGGUCGGCGCCGGUCAGGAUGAUGAAGGUUGACAUCACCGUCAUCGACCGCGCCAGCUGCGUGGCCAGGUUUGGCGUCACCGACCGCAUGAUCUGCGCCGGCGAGGCCGGCAAGAGCACCUGCUACGGCGACUCCGGCGGUCCGCUCGUCAGUGGCAGCACUCAGGUCGGCAUCGUCUCGUGGGGAAGGCAACAGUGCGAGUCCGAUGGCGCCGUCUACGCUAACGUCGGCAACCUCCGGUCCUGGAUCAGGGUUACGACUUCCGUGGGCCAGCUUUUUCUUACCACGACGACGCAGCCUCCAUCGGAAACGUCGCCGUGCUCGAUAGCAGCACUCCAGCCGUGUGACGAGGGAGAGCACCAGAAGAUCGAUUCGAGCUCGGACACAGACUUGUGGGAAGUGCCUACUACUUGUUGUGAUCCACAGGACGCGGACACGCGUUCCCGCAAGCAGAAGUCGCCCAAGCGACGAAAGAUGAGGAGGCUGUCUGCAGCAAAUGCUUGGCAAGAUGGUGACACGUUCCAGGAGGAUGCGCAAAACUCAUCUGCGUCCCAGGCUCCAACGGUUCCUGGUCCGCUGCUGGCAACGACCACCCAAGGACAAAGCCAAGUUGACGAUGCUCAAUUGACCGACGAGCCCCCUAGCGAUUUUGCAGCUAAGGCAUCAGAUGAACGUCAUGCGUCGCCUAACGUACCAUCCCUCAAGCUUGGGGCGUGCGAGAUGGAAAGAUUGAUAUCAGACUCGAGCGACAACCAGGUGCCCGCGACCCGCGGAUCGUCUCAGCUGAUCAAUAAUAUAUACGGUGUGGGUGUCAGGAACGCUCGGGAUGCGAAACUCAUUGGUGGUUUCGGUGCAGGCCUGGACAAAACAUUGAACACCCUUUCAACUAUGAAUCUUUGA